AUGCAGAAAGAUACAAGUGAUUCGGAUGAUUUUAUUUUAUUUGAUUGCUGCAUAUGCCAUAAUGAAUUGCAGGACACGCAACUGUGUCCCCACUGUUCUAAACUUUUUUGUAAAGAAUGCAUCACUACCUGGUUAACGAAGGAAGCAAGCUGCCCAUGUUGUCGAGCCGAUCUGGCUACUGAAAACUUGGUCAAGGCAUGCACGUUUACCCAAAUACAGAAAGCUUUCGAGCGGCAUACCAGCAACGGUCGCAAUCGCUGCGACAAGCACAAAUCGCACGACCUGUCGCUUUUCUGUAAUGCAUGUGAAGAGUGCAUUUGUACAAGCUGCUGGUUCCUGGAGCCACAUGUGGAACAUCGGGAUCAAGCAGUUCCGGUUGAACAAGCAUGUAAGGCCUACCAGGAUAAUUUGAAAUGUGAUCUGCAGUGGCUGGUUGACCGAAUCCAACAGCACCAUACCGUUGAAAAAGUGACUCAAGCUAACAUAGAGCAGCUGACGAAUGAAAAAGCACGCGCCACAAAAAUGCUCGAGUCUAUGAUGACCGAAAGUUCGGAGCAUUUUCAGGCACAAAUUGAAAAGCAGCAGGAGUUAUUAGACAUGAUGAGAGUGGCUGAGGGUGAUACUACCAAACUUCGAGAUACGUUGGAAUGCUUGCUCGAGGGGAAGACUGACGCGACGACUUUGAUUAAUCUAAAAAAUGUUGGAAAUAGUGUCGGCUCCCUUCGCGAAGAGCCGGACCUGGAGGCCAGGCUGGUAAAUCCUUUGUAUAAAAAUGCCGUUCUACCGGAGCCAACGGUUCUCUUAUUUCGUAUGGAGAAAUUCAACGAAACUAUUGGCCAGUACAAAUUCUACGAAUCACUUCCCCAAACUUGCUGCGGUUUCGAAUGGAGGCUCAAACUGGCCUAUGAUGAGAAUAAAGAACUUCGCUGCGACCUUCGAUUGGUAAAGGGAAUCCCUGGUGAGUAUGGGGUAACGUUUAUUGAACAACCCGAACGAAAACUUCGAUUUGAGUUAGACACUGCCGUACAGGUGGGUACGUUCGACACGGCCAUCACGAAUGAUGUAGUAGAGGUUCGAAUUCUUGUCCAGCAGGCUGAGACUUAUGCCGACAAGUGUGCACAGCUCGAGGAGUAUGUGAAACAGCUGGAAAAGAAAGCUGCUGAAAACGAAGAUUUUCUCCGAUAUUUGGGGGAAUAUCAGAGCAAAUGUGGCUCUGGAUUUUCUUAGACGGACCUUUUUUUUAAAACAUUUUAGCUACAGACGAAAAAGAGAAAGAAAAAUGGUUUAAUCAAAAUGAAUUAUUAACAUUUUUGAACUCACUCGACUAAUCAGGAUAAUAAA